CUGUAAUUUUGAAUUUAAUGAAAAACACAUUAGGUGCUCAAACUGGGGCUACGGCAUCUUAUAAGCAGCAAAAUACCAGCCCCUCUAUAUAAUUCUUCAUCCACUUAUGUUACGGCCAGAGAGAGCAUCACGGAUGUAAAAGGAGGAGGCUGGUUGUGGGAGGGGCGGAGAGAGGGAGAAAGACUACAAGAGGCGGACACUCAGCGGCAGCAGGUUUGUGAGUGCAGCAGAACAGAGGAGGAGGAGGAAAAAGGAAGGAGGAGGAGGAAUCAGAGCGAGAGAAACAGUGUGGCUGCAGUCAGGAGGGACACAACCAGAGAGGAGGAGACACAGAGAGAAAAGAAGCUGAUGGCAUGCUGUAUGUGGGGAGAGCAGUGUGCCGUAGCACUGCAGAGUGAUGCAGAGAGAUGGAGGAGAGCGAACGAGGGAGGGAUGGAGGGCCGGCAUUAUGCUCUACAGACAUGAGGAAGUUUCCUCCCCUCCUCAUCUCACUGACCCAUGAAAGAAGCCAUGCCGGUCCUCACAGCAGGAGCGGGGCUACAUGAAACAUUGGCCCUGCUGACCUCUCAGCUGCGGCCUGAUGCCAAUCACAAAGAGGACAUGGUCUUCCUCAAAGAUGUCUUCAGUGAGAGGAGCUUGGGAUACCUCAUGAAGAUUCAUGAGAAGCUGAGACAGUAUGAGAGACAGAGUCCAACACCCGUCCUCCAUAGUGCCUCUUCUCUGGCAGAGGAUGUGGCAGAGGAGCUGCAGAGCGGACCAAUGAGCACUGAGGAGAAGGAGCUGCUGCACCUGCUGACGUCACCACAUCUUAAGGCCGUUCUCUCGGUGCAUGACACCGUGGCACAGAAGAACUUUGAUCCUGUGCUGCCGCCACUGCCAGAUGACUUUGAGGAUGAGCUGGAGGAAGAGUCGGUGAAAAUUGUCAGGCUGGUGAAGAAUAAGGAGCCUCUGGGAGCCACCAUAAGGCGGGAUGAAGCCACCGGGGUGGUGAUGGUGGCUCGGAUCAUGAGAGGAGGUGCAGCCGACCGAAGUGGUUUGGUCCAUGUAGGAGAUGAACUCAGGGAGGUCAACGGAGUCUCUGUGAUCCACAAGAGGCCUGAUGAGAUCAGUCAGCUGUUGUCCCAGUCCCAGGGCUCCAUCACUCUAAAGAUAAUCCCUGCCAUUAAGGAGGAGGACCGACUGAAGGACAGCAAGGUGUACAUGAGAGCCUUGUUUGACUACAUCCCAUUGGAAGACAAAGCGACGCCUUGCCAAGAAGCGGGACUUCCCUUUAAGCGGGGAGACAUCCUGCAGGUUGUGACCCAAGAUGACCACACGUGGUGGCAGGCCAAGCGUGUGGGGGACAGCAACCUGCGGGCCGGACUCAUCCCUUCCAAACAGUUCCAGGAGAGGCGACUGGCCUACAGGAUGAAAAUGGGCACACUCCCGAAUCCAAAAUCCCCUAAAAAGACUGUCUAUGACCAAGGAUGUGAUAAAGAGGACUGUGACUGUGAGGGCUAUUUCAAUGGACAGUACAUAGUCUCUCCUAAGUGUAAAGCAGUGGCGCCCUCCUGUGGCCAGGUGUUUUCCUGGGAAUUUUAUACAGCUGGUUUACGGAGGAGUUUCCGUCUGAGCCGUAAGGACAGGCAAGGAUCCUCCGGAGACGGCUCUGAUCCAGGAGACAGCGACUUCCUGACUUAUGAAGAGGUGACCCGCUACCAGCAGAGGCCCAAUGAGAGGCCCCGUCUGGUGGUUCUGAUCGGAUCUCUCGGCGCACGCAUCAACGAACUCAAACAGCGGGUGAUUGCUGAGAACACACAUCGUUAUGCAGUGGCAGUACCACAUACCACCAGGCCCAAGAAGUCUCAUGAGAAGGAGGGUGUUGAGUACCACUUUGUCACCAAACAGCAAUUUGAUGCAGAUGCUUUAAACAACAAGUUCAUAGAGCAUGGGGAAUACAAGGAGAACCAGUAUGGCACAAGUAUAGAGGCUAUCCGCUCUGUACAGGCCAAGAACAAGAUGUGUGUAGUGGAUGUGCAGCCUGAGGCCUUGAAGAGGCUGCGGACAGCAGAGUUCAAGCCGUAUGUAAUAUUUGUCAAACCUCGUGUUCCUGAGAGCAGACGUCGCCGCAGUGCUGCCACUUCACCAGGAGGGGGAGAGCAUGGCCGCAUUACGGACGAAGACCUCCAAGAGAUGCGUCAGUCUGCCAUUCAGAUCGACCAGCAGUAUGGACACCUGGUGGACCGGGUCCUGAUCAAGGAGGACUCAGCCAGUGCCUGUGCAGAACUGCGAGGUAUCUUAGAAAGGCUGGAACGAGAGUCCUUUUGGGUGCCUAUCAGCUGGGUGCGGACCUAAACUUACAUAUCCUGCAGCUUCCAGAAGAACUUCACAGCCAACCCACCCAAAUCCUGCCCCAGUCCUCUCCCUGAUCCCCCCCCCCCCC